AUGAAGAAGGCCAGGUCCAGCGAGCGCGCAGCUCGAAUUAGCGAGCUUGAAAUGAAGCACCAAAGCGAUGUGCAUCAGAUGGAUCUGACAGGCCGCGACGAGGAAGCUCGUUUACUGAAACUUCGAUUGUUGUCGCUGCGCGAUGAGAACGCUUCGCUCAAAGACAGACUAGUCCAGAGGGAUGCUCUUGUCAAGCAGCUCUCCAAACAGAGUAACGACACUCAAUCUGAGCUCAAGACAGCCAAGUCGAAACUCAAGGCUCAGGAUACACAACUUAAAAAACAAGGCAAUGCACUAGGGGACCUCAAAACCGAAAUCGACUCAUUAAACGAAUUCAGACAAGACUCAAGCAAAGUCUUGCAAGAGAAACUCGCUCUCAGCCGUAAACUUGAUCAGAUUCAACCCGAGCUUGAGCAUCUUCAAUCGCAGCUCGAAAACCAUCGCGCCGUUAUCGCCCAGAAGCAGGAUCUAGAACGCCAACUCAGCUCAGUCGAAGUCGAGCUAGAGAACGAGAAGAAAUCAAAACAGCGCAUUCAAUCAAAGAGCCAAGACAACGACGAGUGGAAGGAAAAGUUCGAAGAAGCCAAGAGAGAAUUGGAGAAGCUCAAGAAAGAACACAACAGAGAGCUACGGGAAGUCCGUGGGGAAAAGGAACAGGCAGAGGAGCGCGUUGAAGAUACCAGAAGCAAGUUGAAGAAGACACAAACCGACCUGAAGGACACACGAGCCGAGCUUGAGUCUUGCCGUGCCGAAUUGGAGGAAGCCCACAAGAUCGUGGCGAACAACAAGUCGAAUAAGAAGCACGCCCUCUCCAAGGAACAGCCGAUAGGAAAAAGACGAGCUCAGGAUAUUAGCCUGGAGGAUAUUAGCAUCGGAACUCCUGGCCCAGACGAAGCCACUCUUCGGCGCCCAUUGAAGAAACGAGGCGCCGAACGAGCCUUGAUGGAGAAGUCCACGUUCUCCAUCACGCCAUUCUUGAACCGUUCCAAGAAUUUAUCAGACAACCUUUCGGACGAGCCGAGUGAGCUUCAUUCACCAACCGGCAAAUCCACCAAAUCACCGGAGCCUGCGCCACUUGAAGAGGAGGAAGUCGCAGAGGCUAGAGACUCACUGUCCAUUGAACCAGUAGAGGAAGCUUCGGCAUCAGAUGGACAGGCCGAUGAUCAUGUCAGCGCUGAAGAGGUGGAAGAACCAAAGGCUCAAAAGGCACGAGGUAGACCAAGAAAGGUUCUGGACGAUGCGCCCACGACAAAGAAGAACAUGCCUGUGCAGGCGAAGAGGAAGACCAAGGCAACAAAGGCUUCUGGCAAGCUUGCUAUGGUUAGCGAGGAAGCUGACGCUGGUGAGACAGUGGAGGAGCCUUCUGAGAAGCCUAAGAAGAUGCCCGGGCUAUUGAAGUCUAACCCUGUUCCCGCGUUGUUGAAGCAUAAUGCUGAUGACGCGGAUGGGCGAAAGAAGAAGCGCAAGGUGCUCGGUGGCGGGAACAAGACUCUAUUCGACGAUGAUGAAGAAGAACCAGCGCCAAAACCUUUGAAGGUGCAGAUGGGUGGUGGCCGUAGGAUGAAAACCCAACUGGGCGGUGCUCGCAAUGCAUUUGGCGGCUCUACCUUCUCUCCGUUGAAGAAGGAUAGACGAGGAGUCGGUGCCAGUUUCUUGCAUUGA